AUUUUAAACGCGGUGUGUCAGAUAGUGUAAAUGACUUAAUAAUAAAAAGUGUGUUGGUGUGUUAUGUGUAGGCCAAGUUAAAAAGAUGUGUCUUUAAUCUAGAUUUAUGAAGCAGUCAUGUUUUAUAGAUCGUAAUCAUAAUCUAAUCACUUUAUCAAAAUUAGCAUUGUUUAUUAAUCAUUUGAAAGAAUAAUCAUGUCUUGUAAAUGAUUAGGUCAUCAUUAACUAAUCACUUGUAAAGACUUGUACAUAAAUGAACAAAACAUACAUAAAUUGUUAGCAUAUCAGUAAUUGCUGAUGAAUGUUUUGUAAAUUAUUAUAAAGUGUUACUGUUAUAUUGAUUGAGUAAACUCCACAACAGACCUGCUGAGCAUUUGGCAUUACAUCAGAACUGAAAUGACAGGACAGCUUUCAGGAACUAUUCUUCUCAUUUCAUUCAGGAAUCUCGCAGGUGGAGACUGAAAAUAAAGACAAACUGAAAAUGGCAGAAAGACUUUCUGAUAUACGGAUUGUGCUGUUGGGCAACACUGGAUCAGGAAAAAGUGCAUCAGGAAACACCAUCCUGAAUGAAGCUUUUGAUGCGAAAAACUCUACAGGAUCAGUUACAGAAAACUGUAUCAAACAAGAAGCAAUUGUGGAUGGACGCAGCAUAUCAGUUAUUGACUGUCCAGGUCUGUUUGACACUCGAGAUCAGAGUAAAGAAAUGCUGCGACAUGUAACGAGGCAGUGCAUGAACCUAUCUUAUCCUGGGCCUCAUGCAUUUCUGCUGGUCAUGAAACUGGGUGUGAAAUUUACAGAGCAGGAGAAGAAUGUUAUAAAAUGGAUUCAGGAGAACUUUGGAGAAGAUGCCAUCAACUACACCAUCAUUCUGUUCACUCAUGCUGACAAGCUGAACAGCAAGCCUAUAGAGACAUAUAUUGGUAAAAGCAAUGAGCUAAUGCAAUUGAUCAAGGCCUGUUGGGGAAGAUAUCACUCAUUCAGCAAUGAGAACAGAAAUAAUCGAGAUCAGGUCACAGAACUUCUGCAAAUGAUACGUAAAAUGGUUCUUUUUAAUGGAGGAAAGGAGUAUGCUUUUCAGAUAUAUAAAUAAAAGUUAAGCUAAAAGCUCAGCUUUAAAAGAUUGCACCGAGUAGCAUUUUGUGACGGUAAAACUACGUUUCUGUAAAUUAGAUCAGAUUAACAAGCAGAAUCACAUUUUUGAGAUUUGCUGCCUUUUUUGCUUGCCUUUAUCACAUGGCACACAAUAUACAAUAACAUUCACAGUAAUGUUAAGAAAAAUUUUAUCACAUAAUACAGAUUUUUUUUGUAUGUUUCCGCCUUUCAUUUAUUUUAAACAGCUGAUAUUUUCCACUUAAAGUCCAUUAAAGCACUGGCACUAGAACGUGAUUGUAUUUUGUCCUUAUAAACCUGUGAAAUGUAUUUAAAUGAUGUACAUUAUUCCCCAGUGACCCAUGCUUUGUGCCAAAUAUGAAGCAUGAUGUAUCAGAUUAAACACAAAAUAAAGCCUUUUGCAUAACUGAA